CUCUCUCUCUCUCUCUGGUAUGGACGAUACUAUAUUGCAUUUAUACCAAAGCAUGAAAAUCUGCUAACUUGGAAGCCAUCGUAAGCUUUCAGCCAUGUUUUCUAAGCUCCUAAUGUGUUUUCUCCUCAUGAGACUUGCUGCUUCCGAAGGCGACUACGGUUUCAUUUACAACGGAUUCCGCGGCUCUAACAUAAGCCUAGACAGCUCGGCAAAGAUCACAUCCAAUGGUCUACUGCUUCUCACCAAUUCCACACGUCAAAAGGGCCACGCCUUCCACCCCAUUCCCCUUCACUUCAAACCUUCACAUGGUAAAACUCAAUCUUUCUCUGUCAAUUUCGUCUUUGCGAUCAGACCCCGGUAUCCGAACGUGAGUGCGUCUGGUGUCGCCUUUGUGAUUUCACCUUCAAAAGAGUUCCCAGAAGGUGAAAUAGGUCAAUUUUGGGGAAUCUUCAACCCAAAGGACAUCGGCAAUUCAUCAAAUCACAUAGCUAUCAUCGAGUUCGACACGGUCCUUGAUCCAGAAUUCGGUGAUAUCAAUGACAACCAUGUCGGAAUUGACAUCAAUGGCUUAGUUUCCAACAGGUCCGCUUCGGCAGCUUACUUUAGUAAUAUGAGCGGCAGGUUUCAGAAUCUAAGCCUUGUGAGCGGAGAACCAAUGCAUGUUUGGAUAGAAUACAAUGGUAUCCAAAACCAACUCAAUGUAACAUUAUCUCCUAUCAACUUACCUAAACCUAAUCGUCCACUCUUGUCAUGGCGGGUGAAUCUGUCAUCGAUUGUAUUAGAGAAUAUGUAUAUGGGUUUCUCUGCAUCAACCAAGGCAAUUCCAGUAUCUCAUUACAUCUUGGGAUGGAGCUUUAAGAUGAACGGUCAGGCUCCGGUCCUUGAUUCCUGGCAUCUUCCUAAGCUUCCACGGAUAGGACCCAAAAAGAAAUCAGAACUUUUAAUAAUUGGGUUACCCGUUAUUGUCGUAUUUUUCACAUUAACGUCCAUCUUGGCCAUCGGUCUCAUCGUGAGAAGGAAGAUCAAGUUCGCUGAAGUAGUAGAGGACUGGGAACGCGAAUACGGGACACAUCGAUUCUUGUACAAGGAUCUAUUCAUGGCCACUAAGGGCUUCACAGACAAAGAGCUCCUAGGGGUCGGAGGUUUCGGAAGGGUUUACCGAGGAGUUUUAUCAGCCUCAAAGAUUGAAGUGGCUGUGAAGAGAGUCUCUCAUGAAUCUCGACAAGGGAUGCGGGAAUUCAUAGCCGAGAUCAUGAGCCUGGGUCGGCUCCGUCACCGGAACUUGGUGCAACUUCUUGGUUACUGCCGGCGAAAGAAGGAGCUUUUGCUGGUCUAUGAUUUCAUGCCCAAUGGAAGUCUGGACAAGUUCCUCUUUAACCAUCCAGAGUCCAUGUUGAGCUGGAAUCGACGGUUUCGGAUAAUCAAAGGAGUAGCUUCAGGGCUUCUCUACUUGCAUGAGGAAUGGGAGCAGGUGGUCCUUCACAGAGACAUCAAAGCCAGCAAUGUUUUAUUAGAUAGCGAUAUGAACGGUAGAUUAGGCGACUUCGGCCUUGCCAGAUUGUACGAUCAUGAGACUGAUCCACAGACGACCCACAUAGUGGGAACCUUCGGAUAUCUCGCCCCGGAGCUGACUAGGACCCGGAAGGCCACCACAAGCACUGACGUGUACGCAUUCGGAGCUUUCAUGCUCGAGGUUGCUUGUGGGAGAAGGCCCAUCGAUCCCCGAUCACCGGCGGAUGAGGAAAUCUUGGUCGAAUGGGUGUCGGAAUGCUGGAGGAGAGGGACGAUACUGUCGGCGGUAGAUCCAAAACUGGGACAUGUCUAUGAGGUGGAGGAGAUGGAGAUGGUGCUGAAGCUUGGGUUGCUGUGUUCGCAUCCAUUGUCGGCCGAGAGGCCGAGCAUGCGGCAGGCAAUGCAGUUUUUGGACCGCGAUGCACCUUUACCCGAACUCUCAUUCGAUGGUUUGGGUGCGGCGAUCCUGGCGGUGGGACAUCAUAAAGGGUCCGAUGAUCUACACUUCCCAUAUUCUUUUUCUUUGGAAAAGGGAUUUGCAAGCACAUCAUCUGUGCCAGAAUCGGUCCUCUCCAGUGGCCGUUGAUGGACGGUGUUCCAUAACGGUGCGAGUUUGCCAUGCUUUAAUAGAAUCGUUCCAGGUGAUAGAAAAAUGGGGUUGAAGCUGACGUAAAAGCAGCAAGUGAGGCCGCUUUGUUGGUGACGUGUCAUCUUUUUUUUCUUU